AAAAGUUACGGGCGAUUCCGUGACCACACAAUUUAGCCAUCGACAAUAAUUCAUCAUCAAAUCUUAUAAACUUCAAAUAUAAAUUAAAUGCAAAAUUCACCAAAUCCCCAAGCUUCCAUUUCCCAACAACAAUGGCGGUCGCCGUCGAAUUCUCCCCCUUCAUCCUCUUCUCCUCCUUCCUCUUCCUCCUCUUCCUCCUCCGCCUGCUCCGAUCAAAAUCCGCCGCCAACGGCUUCAAUUUCCCGCCGGGGCCGCCGCGCCUGCCGCUCAUCGGAAACCUCCACCUCAUGUCCAGAUUCCGGCCGCCGCACCGGACUCUGGCCGACCUGGCGGCUAAAUACGGCGCCGUGAUGCACCUCCAGCUCGGCGAGCUCUCCAACGUCGUCGUCUCGUCGGCCGACGCCGCCAGGGCGGUGUUCAAAGACCACGACGUCACGCUCGCCACGCGCCCCUCUUUAAUCUUCACCGAGACAAUGUUCUACCGGAACACCGACAUCGCCUUCGCCCCCUACGGCGACUACUGGCGGCGCCUCCGCCGGAUCUGCACGCUCGAGAUGCUCAGCGUGCGGCGCGUGCAGUCCUUCCGCCCCCUCCGCCAGGAGAGCUUCGUCGAUCUCUGCCGGAAAAUCGCCGCCGCCGGCGCCGCCGUCAAUUUCGGCGAUCUGAUCGAGGAAGCGACCUUCGAGUCGUUCAUGACGGCGACCGUCGGAAACAGCGCCGACCAGCAUAAAGCUUUCAUCGACAGCGUCCGCGAAUCGACGGUGCUCGCCGCCGGAUUCUCCCUCGCCGACGUCUUCCCCUCCGUGAAGCUCUUCCAGCGCCUCAGCGGGCUCCGGAGCAAGCUUUUGAAGCUGCACAAAUCGACCGACGGUAUGAUAGAAAGCAUCAUCGCCGACCACCGGGCGGCGGCGGCGGCGGGCGGCGGCGGAAAGGAACGGGAAGAUUUGGUGGAUGUUUUGCUGAAGUUCAACGAGGAGGGACACGAGCUUCAUUUAUCCACACAAAACAUCAAAGCCGUACUACUGGAUAUGUUUAGCGCCGGAGUGGAGACAUCGGCGACAACGAUAGGUUGGGCGAUGUCAGAAAUGGUGAAGAACCCGGAAGUUCUUCGGAAGGCGCAAGACGAGGUAAGAAGGGUGUUCGAGGGCAAGGGAUUCGUCGACGAGGCCAAUUUGGACGAGCUCAAGUACUUAAAAAUGGUGAUAAAAGAGACCCUCCGGAUGCAUCCGCCGUUGCCCCUCUUGCUUCCGAGGGAGAGCUCCGAGGCAUUCGAGAUCCAUGGCUACAAAUUGCCGGCGAAGACGAGGGUCAUGUUGAACGCGUGGGCGAUUGCGAGGGACCCCAAAUAUUGGAAAGAUCCAAACACAUUUAUGCCCGGAAGAUUUCUUGAAACUUCCGCGGAUUUCAAAGGGAAAGACUUCGAAUUCAUCCCAUUUGGCGCCGGGAGAAGAAUGUGCCCCGGGUUGGCGUUUGGCCUUGCCAAUGUGGAGCUCCCGUUGGCGAUGUUUCUCUACCACUUCGAUUGGGCUUUGCCCGACGGAAUGACACCGGAUGACAUGGACAUGAGCGAAUGCUUCGGCAUUACGGCGCGCCGGAGGGAUGCGUUGAGUGUUAUGCCGGUGGUUAAGAUUCCGGUGCCGGCGAAAAAAAUUUGAAGUGUAGAUUUUAGUCGAGAAGGAUGGAGUGAAAUAAGAUUGUAGUCGGGUGUUCUGGUAUUUUGAUGUAUUUUUUUUAUAUGAAAUAUUAAUGUUCUCUAUGUUAUCUUUGAA